UUGUGGAGUGGAGUGUGUUUGAUUUGAUCUGAGACUGAGAUGGUCAUGACGGAGGUGAUUUGGUGGGAGAAAAUGGUGAUUCCGAUGCGGAAAGUUUGGGGCAGAGUCUCCAGAAGGUUUGGAUUUCGUAAAACAGGGCUCAUUAAACUUCACAAAGACGUGAGGACAUGUGAGUACGAGGAUGUCCAUAUCUUAUGGGACUUGCUGAAGAGGAACGAGGCAGACCUCGCCAGAAGCAGAAAGGGCGUUCGUGGAGGUUCCAGUGGGCGCAGUGCUCCUCCUUGCUUUGCCCUGAUCUUAAUUAACCUGCUCCUGCUUUGGACUUUUGAACAACAUGCAUAUGCAGUGUGUGUGAGCUGUGAAGAUCAUACCAUUUUGCUGUCUUAUACAGUACUCGAAGGGAUACUGGAGAUGGCUAAUGUAUGA